GACCACGUGACUUUCAGCCCCGCCCACACGAUAUGGCGCAGAGAGACGCUCGGCCCAGUCUCUCACUGGUGGCGUACGGAGAGGACGAAGAGGAUGAAGGAACGCGCUCCAGUGACGACGAUAUGCUGGUUCCCAGGAAACGUGCACGAGUACAGAAGGCUGAGGAAGGUGGGUCUCCAACUCUAAUUGAUGCGCACCACCCCACGUGUCCCCCUGCAGUGGGCACCCCACCCAUAAUAAACUUCCCUGGUGAAAUCAGGACACCUGCCGAAUAAGGGCACCUAGAACAGUUCUUGCAUGCAAUGAAUCAUCUGGUGAUAUUUCAGAGCACCCGCUGAGUCGGAGUUGUCCGUUCCUUGAUACCAUUGACCGCACUGUCCUCGACUUUGACUUUGAGAAACUGUGCUCCGUGUCUCUUAGCAACAACAACGUCUAUGCCUGCAUGGUUUGUGGCAAGUAUUUCCAAGGUCGAGGCCAACACUCGCAUGCCUACACACACAGUGUACAGGUGGGUCAUCAUGUCUUCCUGAAUCUGGAGUCACUGGAGUUCUACUGUCUCCCUGACAACUAUCAGAUCAUUGACCCCUCUCUGGAGGACAUCAAAUAUAUGCUGAGACCAACCUUCUCCCAGGAACAUGUGGCCUCUCUGGACUCAUCCUCCAAACGAUCCAUUGCUCUGGAUGGGACCAAAUACCUCCCUGGUAUUGUGGGUCUCAAUAACAUCAAGGCUAACGACUACAUGAACGUCAUCCUCCAUUGCCUGGCUCACGUCACACCUCUCAGAGACUAUCUCCUCCGCCCCUCAAACUACUCACACAUCAAGAGGCCCCCCGGGGACCAGAAAUUCAUGCUGGUCCGCAGACUUGGGGAACUGUUCAGAAAACUGUGGAACCCUCGUAAUUUCAAAUCCCAUGUGAGCCCCCACGAGAUGCUGCAGGCUGUCUCUAUACUCAGUAAGAAGAGGUUCAAAAUCACCGAACAAGGUGACCCGGUUGAGUUCCUGGUGUGGUUGCUGCACACCCUCCACUCUGCUCUGGGAGGAAACAGGAGACCUGGCUCCAGUGAGGUCCACAACAUCUUCCAGGGAACCAUGAGGAUCUACACCAGGAAACUUCCCCCCGCCUCUGAGGACAAGGUCAGGCUGAUGGAGAGGGAGGAGUACAAAGAGAAAGUGGAGACGUUGCCAUUUCUGUACCUCUCUCUGGACCUGCCAGUAACACCUCUCUUCCAGGAUGAGCUAGAGAGGAACAUUAUUCCUCAAAUCCCUCUCUUUGAUCUUCUCUCAAAGUUUGACGGAGCUCAUGAGAAGGAGUACAAGACACAUAAAGAGUCAUAUGUAAAGAGGUUUGAACUAACGAAACUCCCUCCUUACCUCAUCAUCUGUAUCAAGAGGUUCACUAAGAACAACUUCUUUGUGGAGAAGAAUCCGACAAUUGUCAACUUCCCCAUCAAGGAUAUUGACAUGGCAGAGUUCCUGUCAUCUGACCAGGAGGUGCAGGAUGCUCAUCCUCACACUGUCUACGACCUCAUGGCCAACAUCUGCCACGACGGACAACCAGGAGCUGGGAAGGGAACUUAUAGAGCUCACGUCAGACACAUGGGAGCCAACCAGUGGUAUGAGUUACAGGACCUCCACGUUCAAGACCUACUGCCUCAGAUGAUCACACUGGCUGAGGCUUAUAUACAGAUAUGGCAGCUCAGAACCAACUAACACAUGACAACUAUGCUUUGUCGCCUGCACUUCUCUCCACUAAUAUUGUCAUGUACACUGUAUGUCAUGUCAUAAUGAUGUGGUAUAUUAUUAUAGCUGUAUUAUACAAUUAAAGCAGCAGUCUCUGAACAUUAGACAGACAGGGAGUGAGAGAGUUAGGAGCAGUCAUCGAUGUGUUCUGUCUCCUCAUCAUCUCCAAUCUUUGGAGCCAAGUAGUAACGCAGAUGACCCACAUCACUGAUCCUGUACUCCACCACAAGUGGAGUCUCGGCCUUGAGAGAGAGGGUAACAGAGGAGGAAAGAGGAGUGGCCUUGGAAAAGGAGACAAGGUAUCGUGUGGAGAAGGUGAGGGUGACAGGCUGGUUCAGCUCAACUGUCACCUGCUCAUCCUCUUUGUCCACCAUCGAGUGCUGCCUCAGGCUGAUCUUGGCACUUCCAAUCUCACCAGAUCCUGAGAACUCCACACCAUCUUUGGUGCAGGCGAUGACCAGACUGUCUCCGAACUGACUGAGGUCUCUACAUAUCCUCUGGAACUCCCCUGACGGCAGCUGGACCACCGCACUGUACUCCGAUUCAGGGAUACCGAGGUGUUCAGUGUCUAUGUCCAUCAGUUUCACCUCAAACUGAGAGGUCUUGUCUUGGUUGGGGCUCUCAAAGAGGACGGUGAGGGUGUCAGUGUUGUCCUGGCUCCGGAGAGUAAUGGAGUCGUCAUUUCCAGCACACUUCAACACUCGAGUCAUG